AUGGCAGAUGGGGCGCAGGCCAACCCCAAAGGGUUCAGCAAGAAGGUGCUGGCUAGAUGCCCCUCUGGGUGGAGGGGCCCAAGCCUUGGGGCCGCUUGUCCUUUGAGAACCUCCAGGUCUAGCCUGGGUGUGAAGCUCCUCACCGUCGCCCUCCUGGCCGGCAGCGUUCCGUCCACAGCCCAGGGCAGCCUGCUCAACCUGAAGUUCAUGGUGGAAGCCAUCACAGGGAGGAGUGCCAUCCUGUCCUACGUGGGCUAUGGCUGCUACUGCGGGCUGGGGGGGCAGGGCCAGCCCAAGGACGAGGUGGACUGGUGCUGCCAUGCCCAUGACUGCUGCUACGAGAAGCUCUUUGAUCAGGGCUGUGCCCCCUACGUGGACCACUACGACUACACCAUCGAGAAUAACACCGAGAUAGUCUGCAGUGAGCUCAACAAGACACAGUGUGACAAGCAGACGUGCGAGUGUGACAAGAACGUGGUCCAGUGCAUCAGGGACCAGACGUACAGGGAGGAGUACCGCGGCUACCUCAACGUCUACUGCCAGGGCCCCAUGCCCAAAUGCAGCAUCUACGACCCGCCCCCAGGGGAGGCGGCCUGCACACAUGGCUCCCUGGUGCCCCCCGCCCCUCCCUAG